CAUGAGUGUGAGCCGGACCAUGGAGGACAGCUGUGAGCUAGACCUGGUGUACAUCACGGAGAGGAUCAUUGCCGUCUCCUUCCCCAGCACAGCCAACGAGGAGAACUUCCGAAGCAACCUUCGAGAGGUGGCCCAGAUGCUCAAGUCCAAACAUGGAGGCAACUACCUGCUUUUCAACCUCUCUGAGCGCAGACCUGACAUCACGAAGCUCCAUGCCAAGGUACUGGAAUUUGGCUGGCCCGACCUGCACACCCCCGCCCUGGAGAAGAUCUGCAGCAUCUGCAAGGCCAUGGACACCUGGCUCAACGCUGACCCACACAAUGUUGUCGUGCUACACAACAAGGGAAGCCGAGGCAGGAUAGGUGUGGUCAUCGCGGCUUACAUGCAUUACAGCAACAUUUCUGCCAGUGCAGACCAGGCUCUGGACCGGUUUGCAAUGAAGCGAUUCUAUGAGGAUAAGAUUGUUCCCAUUGGUCAACCAUCCCAGAGAAGGUACGUGCAUUACUUCAGCGGCCUCCUCUCCGGCUCCAUCAAAAUGAACAACAAGCCCUUGUUUCUGCACCACGUGAUCAUGCACGGCAUCCCCAACUUCGAGUCUAAAGGAGGGUGUCGGCCCUUUCUCCGGAUCUACCAGGCCAUGCAACCUGUUUAUACAUCUGGCAUCUACAAUGUCCAAGGAGACAGCCAGACCAGCAUCUGCAUCACCAUCGAGCCUGGGCUGCUCUUAAAAGGAGACAUCUUGCUGAAGUGCUACCACAAGAAGUUCCGCAGCCCAGCACGUGAUGUCAUCUUCCGUGUGCAGUUUCACACUUGUGCCAUCCAUGACCUGGGUAUUGUCUUCGGGAAGGAGGACCUUGAUGAUGCCUUCAAAGAUGAUCGGUUUCCAGAAUAUGGCAAAGUGGAGUUUGUAUUUUCUUAUGGGCCAGAGAAAAUUCAAGGCAUGGAGCACCUGGAGAAUGGGCCAAGUGUGUCCGUGGACUACAAUACUUCCGACCCCCUCAUCCGCUGGGACUCCUAUGACAACUUCGGUGGGCAUCGGAUGGAUGGAGUGGAUGAGGUGGUGGGACACACCCAGGGGCCACUGGACGGGAGUCUCUACGCCAAGGUGAAGAAGAAGGACUCCCUGCACGGCAGCACUGGGGCCGUCAAUACCACACGCCCCACCCUCUCGGCCACCCCCAACCACGUGGAGCACACACUGUCUGUAAGCAGUGACUCGGGCAACUCCACAGCCUCCACCAAGACAGACAAGACCGAUGAGCCUGUCCCGGGCCCCUCCAGUGCCCCGGUUGCCCUGAGCCCUGAGGAGAAGCGUGAGCUGGAUCGCCUGCUUAGUGGCUUUGGCUUAGAGCGAGAGAAGGAAGGCCCCAUGUACCACGCCCAGCACCUCAGGUCCCGCCAGGCUGGGGUUCCUGCCGCGCCCUCCUCUGGCCGACAUGUUGUCCCAGCCCAGGUGCAUGUCAAUGGCGGGGCUUUGACAUCUGAGCGGGAGACGGACAUCCUGGAUGAUGAGCUACCCAUCCAGGACGGGCACAGUGUGGGCAGCAUGGGUACACUGUCCUCCCUGGAUGGGGUUACCAACACCAGUGAGGGGGGCUACACGGAGGCCCUGUCCCCACUGACCAAUGGUCUGGACAAGCCCUACCCAGUGGAACCCAUGGUUAAUGGCGGGGGCUACCUCUACGAGUCGGCCAGUCGGGUGAUCCCUGCCCAUGCUGACCACCCAGCCCCUGUGCGGCCCUCCUACUCUGCACAGGAAGGUUUAGCUGGGUACCAACGGGAGGGGCCCCACCCAUCCUGGCCACAGCCAGUGACCACCUCCCACUACGGCCAUGACCUCAGCAGUAUGUUCCGCUCUCAGUCCUUUCCGGAAACUGAGCCCCAGCUGCCCCCAGCUCCAGCCCGCAGUGGAAGCAGCCGGGAGGCAGUACAGAGGGGGCUGAAUUCCUGGCAGCAGCAGCAGCAGCAGCAGCAGCAGCAGCAGCAGCAGCAGCCUCGCCCCCCUCCCCGUCAGCAGGAAAAAGCCCACUUGGAGAGUCUAGGGCUCAGCAGGCCCAGCCCUCAGCCACUGGCAGAGACCCCAACCCCUGGUCUCCCCGAGUUCCCAAGGGCAGCCUCCCAGCAGGAGAUUGAGCAGUCCAUUGAAGCCCUCAACAUGCUGAUGCUGGAUCUGGAGCCGGCCUCAGCUGCUGCCCCCCUUCACAAGUCCCAGAGUGUCCCAGGGGCCUGGCCAGGGGCUUCCCCACUCUCCUCUCAGCCCUUCUCCAGAUCCUCCCACCAGUCUAAGCCACUGACCCAGUCUAGAUCUGGCUACAUCCCGAGUGGGCAUUCCUUGGGAACUGCUGAGCUGGCCCCACGGGCCUCCCUGGAGUCCAUCCCGACUGGAAGGUCUUACUCGCCUUACGAUUGUCAGCCGUGUCCAGCUGGGCCUAACCAGAGUUUCCGUCCAAAGAGCCCAGCCUCCUCCUCCUCCUCGUCUGCCUUUGUUCCAAAUGCCCAUAGCCCUCAAGGGCCUCAGCAGCCCCCGGCCUCUCUCCCUGGCCUGCCCGCACAGUCUCAGCUCCCACCAAAGGAGGUAACUUCAGACCCAUCCCGAACUCCAGAGGAAGAGCCAUUGAACCUGGAAGGGCUGGUGGCCCACCGGGUAGCAGGGGUGCAGGCUCGGGAGAAGCAGCCUGCAGAGCCCCCAGCACCUCUCCGGAGGCGGGCGGCCAGCGAUGGACAGUAUGAGAACCAGUCUCCAGAACCCACAUCCCCCCGGAGCCCUGGAGUCCGAUCCCCUGUCCAGUGUGUCUCCCCAGAGCUGGCUCUUACCAUUGCUCUCAAUCCUGGAGGGCGUCCCAAAGAGCCCCAUCUGCACAGCUACAAGGAGGCCUUUGAGGAGAUGGAGACAACCUCCCCGGCCAGCCCCCCGCCCAGUGGUGUGCGCUCCCCUCCGGGUCUGGCCAAGACGCCUCUGUCUGCUCUGGGCCUGAAACCCCACAACCCAGCGGACAUUCUGUUGCACCCCACAGGCGUCACCAGGAGACUGAUCCAGCCAGAGGAAGAUGAGGGGAAGGUGGUGUCCAAGCUAUCUGAAGAGCCCCGGAGCUAUGUCGAAUCUGUGGCACGGACAGCCGUCGCUGGGCCCCGAGCCCAGGAGCCUGAGCCUAAGAGCUUUAGCGCCCCAGCUGCCCAAGCCUAUGGCCAUGAGACACCCCUGAGGAACGGGGUGCUGGGUGGCUCCUUUGUCUCUCCCAGCCCCCUCUCCACCAGCAGCCCCAUCCUCAGUGCUGACAGCACUUCAGUAGGGAGUUUCCCAUCAGGGGAGAGCAGUGACCAGGGCCCUCGAACACCCACCCAGCCAUUGUUGGAUUCUGGCUUCCGCUCCAGCAGCCUGGGGCAGCCCAGCCCUUCAGCCCAGAGAAGCUACCAGAGCUCUUCUCCUCUCCCAACUGUGGGCAGCAGCUACAGCAGCCCGGACUACUCUCUCCAGCAGUUCAACUCGUCUCCAGAAAGCCAGGCCCGGCCUCAGUUCAGUGUGGCUGGCGUCCACACGGUACCCGGGAGCCCACAGGCACGCCACAGGACAGUGGGCACCAACACUCCCCCUAGUCCUGGCUUUGGCCGGCGGGCCACCAACCCUAGUAUGGCUGCCCCUGGCAGUCCCAGUUUGAGCCACCGCCAGGUGAUGGGUCCCCAUGGGAAUGCAGGAACUGGUUUCCAUGGUAAUGUGGUCUCCAGCCCCCAGAGCAGUGCAGCGACCACUCCAGGGAGCCCCAGCCUGGGCCGGCACGCAGCAGGGGCCCCGCAGGCGUCAGGCUUCCACGGCAAUGUGGCAACCACUCCCGGGAGCCCUAGCUUGGGCCGGCAUCCUGGAGCCCACCAAGGCAACCUGGCCUCCAGUCUCCAUGGCAAUGCAGUAGCCAGCCCCGGAAGUCCUAGCCUGGGUCGUCACUUGGGAGGGUCUGGAUCUGUAGUUCCUGGCAGCCCUAGCUUGGACCGGCAUGUGGCCUAUGGUGGCUACUCCACCCCCGAGGACCGGAGACCCACGUUGUCCCGGCAGAGCAGUGCCUCCGGCUACCAGGCUCCCUCCACACCCUCCUUCCCUGUCUCCCCUGCCUACUACCCUGGCCUGAGCAGCCCUGCCACCUCCCCCUCACCGGAUUCAGCAGCCUUCCGGCAAGGGAGCCCAACACCAGCCUUGCCGGAGAAGCGGAGGAUGUCAGUGGGGGACCGAGCAGGCAGCCUCCCCAACUACGCCACCAUCAACGGGAAGGUGUCUUCCUCGCCUGUCGCCAGUGGCAUGUCCAGUCCCAGUGGGGGCAGCACCGUCUCCUUCUCCCACACUCUGCCUGACUUCUCCAAGUACUCCAUGCCAGACAACAGCCCCGAGACGCGGGCUAAGGUGAAGUUUGUACAGGACACUUCCAAGUAUUGGUACAAGCCUGAGAUCUCACGAGAGCAGGCCAUUGCACUCCUUAAGGACCAGGAGCCAGGGGCCUUUAUCAUCCGUGACAGCCACUCCUUCCGAGGAGCCUAUGGGCUGGCCAUGAAGGUGUCUUCUCCCCCUCCAACCAUCAUGCAGCAGAGUAAAAAAGGAGACAUGACCCAUGAGCUGGUGAGGCAUUUCCUGAUAGAGACCGGUCCCAGAGGAGUCAAGCUCAAGGGAUGCCCUAAUGAGCCAAACUUCGGUUCUCUAUCUGCCCUGGUCUACCAGCACUCCAUCAUCCCAUUGGCUCUGCCCUGUAAGCUGGUCAUUCCAAACCGAGACCCCACAGAUGAAUCAAAAGAUAGCUCAGGCUCUGCCAACUCAACCACCGACCUGCUGAAGCAAGGGGCAGCCUGCAAUGUGCUGUUCGUGAACUCUGUGGACAUGGAGUCACUCACUGGGCCACAGGCCAUCUCCAAAGCCACGUCUGAGACACUGGCUGCUGACCCCACGCCAGCUGCCACAACUGUUCACUUCAAGGUCUCCGCCCAGGGAAUCACACUGACUGACAACCAGAGAAAGCUCUUCUUCAGACGACACUAUCCCCUCAACACUGUCACCUUCUGUGCCCUGGAUCCACAGGAAAGAAAGUGGAUGAAAAUUGAGGGAGGUGCCCCUGCGAAGCUCUUCGGCUUUGUGGCACGGAAGCAGGGCAGCACCACAGACAAUGCCUGCCACCUCUUCGCUGAGCUUGACCCCAACCAGCCUGCGUCUGCCAUUGUCAACUUCGUCUCCAAGGUCAUGCAGAGUGCUGGCCAGAAGAGAUGAGCCCCUACGCCUUGCCCAGGGCCAGGGCAGUGGGAAUGGGGCACGUGGGGAGGGGACCCAGGAAUCCUGAUCACCCUUGAAUCCAGAAGGAGGACUUUGGACCAAUUUUGGUGGAGAGAAGAAAGUGCAACGUGGGGAGAGGAAAGUGAAUUGCAGAGGGGAGGGGGAGAGAGAGGAGAGAGAGAGAGAAAGGCAAAGAUGGAGGAGAAUAAUUUAGAUCCCCUAGGUUGAUGGAAACUGCAAAAACCCCAAAGCCUCCAAAACUCACCAGGUCCGCCUAACUCCCCCCUUCAUCUCUCCGAGAGGAUGCAACUCCUCAAAGGAGAUGGAACAAGCUUCCUUUGGGAUCCAUGUUUUUUGGGGAAACGGAAAAUCUCCAUCUCCCUAACCCAACUGCUUUGCAAGGAGAAAUCAAGCUGAGAGAAUCUUUUUCUGGCCACCUGGAGGAUAGGUUGCCUAACCAAACAGAGCCAGCAGGGAACAUCAAGCAGCCAUCCUUUUUCCUUUUUGAAGUAUUUCAGACCUGGGGAACCCCAAGGUCUCCUGGCUCUGCCUCUGAGUGUUUGCGCAUGUGGGUGUAUAUAUGUCCACAUCCACCUGCUCACACAUUGGUUUAUAUUUGCCUCUGCCAGCUAGAAGUAUAAACAGCUCCACUUGUACGUGUCUCAUGUAUUUGCACACAAGUGUGCAUCCUAUCCAGAGAACGUUGGAGUUGGGGACGGACAGGGCAGCAGGAAGGGAACGUAAGUCUUGUCCGCAGGAACACCCCAGAUGGUGGCUAACAGACUCUCUCUCUCCCUGUGCCUGCACCUCCACUCUAGAAGCCCUGAGUGCCGCCAGCCCCUUCUCCUCUACAAAGAUGCUGGCAGGAGGGGCGACCACUACUGCGGCAUUGACCUUGUUCUUCCUUGGCCAGGAGGCUAGGAGCUUUGGUUUGAGGGAAUAAAGAUACGUGUGCCCAUUGCUUUGGGGAAAGAGAUCCACCAGGGAGGGCGCCACUGGGCUCCGGCCUCUUCUGCUUUGUGUGUGGGUCAGCAGGAAGGUAGGCAAGUUGCUCCCACCAGCUCCCUGGCUUCUGCCUUAACCCCCAUUCCUCAGCCCCAAUCUUCAGUUUCUCGCUCCAGAACCAGCCUUAUCUCAGAUUUGCUACCUGCUUGAUGCCUUUUUGGGUGCUGGGAAUGGAGCCUUCCUGCUUUGCCCUGCCUGGCUUUGCCCUGUAGGGUCCCCAUCUUGGCCUCAUCCUGGGAAACCUGCUUCCAGAAGCCCUGCUCAGCAAGGCCAAGGGGAGAAGCCUGGAGUCCUUGUGCUCUGUUUUUGAGGUACCUCCUGGCUGGGCCUGCCAGGGCGACAACAGCUGAGCUCCUUGGAUUUCUACCUGUGCAUCACGUGACCUGCCCUCCAUGCCAAAGCCUCUUUAUUCCUCCUUCUGCCUUGGUUUCGCCAGCAGCGCCCAGCUGCCCAAGGAGCAGAGGGCAGAAGGCAUGCCUUUAGAUCGAAGGGCCCAGGGUCCGUUUGGGCUGCUGGGAAAACCCCUGACAACCACCCCAGGACUCUAAGCCAGAAUGGAAAAUUCACCAGGACUCUGUUCUGGAGUGAUUUCUUAAGCCUAUCGGGUUCCCAUUUAGAGAGGCGUUGUACUGAUAUAUAAAUAUAUAUAAUAUAUACGUGAGACAUACUGACAGAAUCUGUAAGCUAAUAAAAUUUAAGAAAAGGUUAAAAAAAAAAGAAUAGGUAAAUUGACAAGAAGUAUUUAUUGUGUUCCCAUAUUGCUUUAUUGCCUCCCCAGGCACCAACCAAUCCUUAUCUUUUUUUGUAUGUAUAACUAAAGCCUGAGAGGUAGGGGACCUUUAUCCUUGGAGCAACCAGGGCCCGCCUUUCCCUGGCCUUGGCUUUCCUGGACUCUGCCCAGGGCUUGAUGGCGAGAGGGUGCCCCCUUUCUUUCCUGGCAAGCCCAGGGUCCAGCAGUAAGCUCUCAGAGGUGUGUGGGGAUCUGCCCCCAUCGCCGAGGUCCUGAGGGAGCGUGUGAGCAUGGGAAGGACUUGGGGUGUGAGUGGUGGACAUGGGAUGUGUGUAUCUUUUAUAUUACUUCUCCUCCAAGGCGCUGUAUCUGUGUGGACAUUCAGUUUCAGGGAGUUGGAAAGGAGAGGGUCUGAAGAAGGUGGGGAGCAAGGGCUUCCCAGAGAGUGAAACUGAACUUGGUGACUGAGGCAUCUCCAGAAUUCUCUUCCUUCUGAGACAUUCAUGCCAGAUACUUGGAUUCUCCCCUUGUCUCAUUCUCUAGGUAACCCCAGUUUUCAUUCAAUAUAAAGGGAGAUGUUUCCCCAAUCCCUUCCUUUUUACAGAUCGUCAUUUCCCACUGAAUAGCCCAGGAGGUCUCGUCUGCCUGGUCUGGACCAAGCAUCAGGCCCUUGGGCAGCCAGACCCAGGCCCGGGACUGAGUCUGGAGUCAGCCUUCAUACUUGCUUCCUCACAUACCCACUGCCCACCAGCAGCCCACUUUCAGGCUUGGCCAGCCCACUAUACUCCAGGCCCGUGCCAUGUGUGACCAUGCGGGAAGAACCCAAAUCAGUGUUUGAAAGCUCGUCACCUCACUCCCCAGCACUCCUCUGGAAGGAGCUGGUUUCCUAAAGUUGGAUAUUCCUGAUGUCGAUGGUGUCUCGGCAUUGGCUUGGCCUUUCCAGAACGAUGGAGGAGGGUACCCCAGUCUCUACAGUGGCUCUCUCUGGGUCAAACACUGGUUGGGGAAGAUACUGUAGUCCCCCACGUGAUGGAGACUGUCCCACAGGUGGGCCUGUGCACCAUUCAUACCAACACCACACACAGCAUGCAGUAUAUUCUUGCCAAAGACUUCCUUUCAAAGAAAGCACUUUUCAUAAUUAUUGUUAUUGUUUUGUAAAUGCGUAUCCUUUCCUCUCCUCUUCUCCCCCCACUCAACCUAAUUUGCUGUUGUUUAUUGUUGAAUCUGUUUGUCGGCCAGGAGAGUGUUGUCUGGUCUUGAGAAUGGGCUGGGGCGGUAAAGGGUCUGGGAGAAGUUGUCAAGAAAGAACGCGACAUGGUAGUUGUGCUGCAGACCCCAAGCAGGCUCAGGCUCCAGGCCCGGCCCACGGUCUUCUGAGGCAGGCCUGAGGCCUUGCCACAGCCAGUCUGAAUGGUAUGUGGAGGAAGAGGACAGGGAAGUGACAUCUCUGAUUCAGCAAGGAGGGGAGCCCAGCAAGGCCCAUGUGGCUGUUCCCAAAUGGAGAACACGAGGGGAAGGUUGGGCAUGGGGACAGCAGAGAGGUGACCCCAGAAGGGGAAAGGGAAGGAAGUAAGUUGUUCAAUCACCCUCUAGGGUGACUGACAUGCCACUGCCCUGCUGUCAUGGUGGCCUGGCUCCCCCAGUGUUUGAGGGACAGAUGUUUCAUAUCCUAGGUUUGGGAAAGGCCUUUUGAUCCCACAUCCUUACUUGAGCCUCUCCCUUAGCAGCUCUGGAAAGCUUGUGGACACUGACUGCCAGUUUUGCUUCUCCCUUGGUGGUGGAGGAAUCCCUGGGAGUGUCAGGGACUGGCCAGGAUAGUCAAGGGCAGGGGCACGGGCAGUGGGGCCUGCUGGCCAUGGGUUGCGAGGAGGGAGCAGCCGGCUAGAGAAGUGAGAGACUUCUGUAAGUGGACUCUCGGGAGGGCGAGAGUAGGGGAUUCUUCUGCCCCAU